GAUCGUGAGCCCGUAGCGACUGCUUCUGUCUGUGGUGUAGGUAUGGCGCCCGCGAGGAAGCCGAGAGGCGGCGGGAACCCACGUCAGGGUCUCGCUGUGUGCUGACUGCGACCCUGGUCUGAGUGGACUAUGGGGGAUCCCGGCUCCCUGGUCACGGAAGGCGGCGCGGGUGAACGGAGCUGGUGCUUGCGGCGAGUGGGGAUGAACGCCGAGUGGCUGCUGCUGGAGGAUGGAAACGAGGUGACUGUAGGGCGAGGAUUUGGUGUUACAUACCAGUUGGUAUCAAAAAUCUGCCCUCUGAUGAUUUCCCGAAACCACUGUAUUUUGAAGCAGAAUGCUGAGGGCCAGUGGACGAUUAUGGACAACAAGAGUCUGAAUGGUGUCUGGCUGAACAGAGAACGUCUAGAACCUUUAAAGGUCUAUUCUAUCCAUAAAGGAGAUCACAUCCAGCUUGGGGUACCUCUGGAAAAUAAGGAGAAUGCAGAGUAUGAGUAUGAAGUUACCGAAGAAGAUUGGGAGAGGAUUUAUCCUUGUCUUUCCCCCAAAAGUGACCAGAUGAUGGAAAAAAAUAAGGGCUUGAGAACUAAAAGGAAAUAUAGUUUGGAUGAAUUAGAGGGUUCUGGAGCUGAAGGCCCCUCAAAUUUGAAAUCCAAAAUAAGUAAAUUGUCUUGUGAACUUGGUCAGCCAGUGAAGUCGCAUGGGAAGGGUGAAGUGGCCAGUCCACCUUCUGAAUAUUUAGAUACUAAGUUGACUUCUUUUGAGCCAAGUGGGAAGACCACAGGGGCUCGUGUUAAUCCAGGCCCUGCAAAAGUUAUAGAGCUUCAUCGUAAGAAGAAGAAAGCUUCAAAUCCUUCAGCAUCUCAGAGCAGCUUAGAGCUGUUUAAGAUAACCAUGUCCAGGAUUCUAAUGCUGAAAACACAGAUGCAGGAAAAGCAGGUAGCUGUUCUGAAUGUGAAAAAGCAGACCAAAAAAGGGAGCUCAAAGAAGAUUGUGAAAAUGGAGCGGGAACUUCAGGAUUUACAGUCCCAGCUGUGUGCAGAGCAGGCCCAACAGCAGGCCAGAGUGGAGCAGCUGGAGAAGACCAUCCAGGAAGAAGAGCAGCAUCUCCAGGGUUUGGAGAAAGAGGAAGGAGAAGAGGACCUGAAGCAGCAGCUGGCCCAGGCUCUGCAGGAGUAUCGGGCUCUGAUGGAAGAGCUAAAUCGCAGCAAGAAGAACUUUGAAGCAAUCAUUCAAGCCAAGGACAAAGAAUUGGAGCAGACCAAGGAAGAGAAGGAGAAGGUGCAAGCACAGAAGGAGGAAGUUCUUAGCCACAUGAAUGACGUGCUAGAGAAUGAGCUCCAGUGUAUUAUUUGCUCAGAAUACUUCGUUGAGGCUGUCACCUUGAACUGUGCCCAUAGUUUCUGCUCCUACUGUAUCAAUGAGUGGAUGAAGCGGAAAGUAGAAUGCCCCAUUUGUCGGAAGGACAUCAAGUCCAAAACCCGCUCCCUGGUUCUGGACAAUUGCAUUAGUAAGAUGGUAGACAAUCUGAACUCAGAAGUGAAAGAACGACGAAUUGUCCUCAUCAGGGAACGAAAAGGAAAGAGAUUGUUCUGAAGAUGGUGCUCCAGGAGUGUUUGACAGACUGCCAGGCACUGGGAACUUUGGACGGUCUGGAGGAUUCUCUUGGACAGGUCUUGGGCAGCUCUGAGAGCGUGGGAUGGAGCCACCUGGGACAGAUUGAGUUAGGAAACCCUCCAUCACGAGCCUAUGCCUGGGCCAUCCCUGCUGCCACCAUUGUCUGCAGCCCCGACUGCUUCAGGGUACUUGAGAGACUCUGUUUCACUACAUGUUGUAUGGGUUAUAUAUUUCUGUUGUACUUUUUAAGUUUGUUGUUGUUAUUAUUUUGGUACCUCAGAAGCACCUCUGUUGACAUUUGUUUGGGACAAAUUGGGUAUUACCCCUAUUGCUGCCCCCGAAGGCAAAGGCAGCCUAUUUGAGAGGAUGGCAUACCUCUUCUUUGUGAAAACAAGAUGUCAUUUCCUGAAAAUAAAAUGUAAAACCGA